AUGGAAACUCGCACUAAAGUGAAAAAUCUUCCUUGUGACUUCUGUGGUAAAUCCUUUGCUCAGUUGCAAGAUUUAAAAAAACAUUUGAGAGUUCACACCGGAGAAAAGCCUUAUGAAUGUGAUGAUUGUCCAAAAUCAUUUGCAACCAAAAGCAAUUUAACUCAUCAUUUGAAAACUCAUACUGAAGAAAGGCAAUAUUCUUGCGAGUAUUGUAAAGGUACCUUCAGUUGGAAGAUAAGUUUAGAUGAACACUUGAGAGCCUACCAUGGAGAUAAACUGCAUAUAUGCAAGUUCUGUGAUCAAAAAUUCGCAAGAAAAAAUAACUUCAAAGUACACUUAAGGACUCAUACCGAAGAGAAGCCAUACGUUUGUGAUGUUUGUGGGAAACAAUUUAUCGCAUUAGGCAACUGGAAAAGGCAUUUGGUUACUCAUACUAAAGAAAAGCUUCAUGCUUGUGAUUAUUGUAAAAGCAAAUUUGCUGAAAAAAAUGACCUUAAAGUUCAUUUGAGGGUUCAUACCGGAGAGAGGCCGUUUUCUUGUGAGGAAUGUGGAAAGUCUUUUGAGCAGAAAUAUAAACUCAAAAGGCACUUGCUGGUACAUACCGGGGCGAAAUCACAUUCAUGUGAACAUUGUGGAGAUAAAUUUGCAUUCAGCUAUGGUUUGAAAAGACAUUUAAAAAUCCACUCAGUUGAAAAGUCUGCUGACAGUGAUAUGGAUUUAUUGGCAUUGGAGGAGAAAAAAAGAAAACCAUCCCUUUCUUCCAAGACUAAAGAAAAACAGCAUGCUUGUAAAUUUUGUAAAAGAAUGUUCAGGAGGUUAGAUAACCUGAAAGAUCACAUGAGAAGCCACACUGGAGAGAAACCAUUUGCGUGCGAUUAUUGUGGUUUGUCUUUUGCGAAGAAAAGUAAUUGUAAAGCACACAUGAGGACUCAUACGGGAGAAAGGCCGUAUGCUUGUGAUUUUUGUGAUAAAACAUUUACAUUUGCAAAUGUCUGGAAACAGCAUUUGAAACUUCAUACAGCUGAGAAGGCAUAUUCUUGUGAAUAUUGUGAAAAGACUUUUUCUCAGAAAAACAGCUACUCCAAUCAUUUGAGAUUGCAUACAGGAGAAAAGCCGUACUCUUGUGAGUUGUGUGACAUGUGUUUUGCCGACAAAGGGAAGCUGAAAGUACAUUUGCUGCUGCAUACUGGGGAGAGACCUUAUUCUUGUGAAUAUUGUGAAAAAAGUUUCUUGUACAAAGUGAGCUUAACAAAGCAUUUAAAAACUCAUUCUUUAGAAAAGACCUAA